AUGGAGAGGAUGCUCAAGGAUGAUGCCCGCGAAGAGAAGGGCGAGCUCGCCAGGAUGGCAUCGUUUGUUGGGGCCAUGGCAAUCUCAGAUUUGGUGAAGACCACAUUGGGACCAAAAGGAAUGGACAAGAUCCUGCAAUCAACUGGCAGAGGGCGUAAUGUUACUGUUACAAAUGAUGGGGCUACCAUUCUGAAGUCGCUUCACAUUGACAAUGCUGCUGCAAAGGUCCUUGUUGACAUAUCAAAAGUUCAAGAUGAUGAAGUUGGUGAUGGGACAACUUCUGUCGUCGUUCUAGCUGGAGAACUUUUGAGGGAGGCUGAGAAGUUAAUUAACAUGAAAAUUCAUCCGAUGACUAUUAUUGCAGGGUACAGAAUGGCUCUCGAGUGUGCCAGAGAUACUUUGCUACAAAAGACCAUGGACAACAAAGAAAAUACAGAUAAGUUCAGAACUGAUCUCAUGAAUAUUGCUAUGACUACUCUUAGUUCAAAAAUACUUUCCCAAGACAAGGAGUACUUUGCUGAACUUGCGGUUGAUGCUGUCUUGAGGCUUAAGGGUAGCACCAACUUGGAAUCUAUUCAAAUUCUGAAGAAACCUGGAGGAUCUCUUAAGGAUUCCUUUUUGGACGAAGGGUUCAUUCUUGACAAGAAAAUUGGCAUUGGGCAGCCAAAGCGCAUUGAGAAUGCCAAAAUUUUGGUUGCAAACACUGCUAUGGACACAGAUAAAGUUAAGAUAUAUGGAGCACGGGUCCGGGUGGAUUCAAUGUCUAAAGUUGCAGAUAUCGAAGCUGCUGAGAAGCAGAAAAUGAGAGAGAAAGUCCAAAAGAUCAUAGCUCACGGAAUCAACUGUUUCGUCAACAGACAGUUAAUCUAUAACUUCCCUGAGGAACUCUUUGCUGAUGCUGGCAUACUUGCAAUUGAGCAUGCUGACUUUGAGGGAAUUGAACGGCUAGCUCUUGUUACUGGUGGUGAGAUCGCAUCAACUUUUGAUAACCCAGAGUCUGUUAAGCUUGGUCACUGCAAGGUCAUUGAAGAGAUUAUGAUUGGGGAGGACAGGCUAAUUCAUUUCUCUGGGGUUGCAAUGGGGCAGGCUUGCACCAUUGUCCUAAGGGGGGCUAGUGAGCAUGUACUUGAUGAGGCUGAGAGGUCCUUGCAUGAUGCCUUGUGUGUGCUGUCCCAGACAGUAAAUGAUACCCGUGUCUUGUUUGGAGGCGGAUGGCCUGAGAUGGUGAUGGCCAAAGAAGUAGAUGAACUUGCAAGGAAGACCCCUGGGAAGAAAUCUCAUGCUAUUGAUGCUUUCUCGCGUGCUCUGCAAGCCAUCCCAACAAUCAUAGCUGACAACGCUGGUUUGGAUAGUGCUGAGUUGAUCUCUCAGCUCCGAGCUGAGCACCACAAAGAGAACUGCACUGCUGGAAUUGAUGUCAUCACAGGCACAGUUGGGGACAUGCAAAAGCUGGGGAUUCAAGAGUCGUUCAAGGUGAAGCAGGCCAUCCUUCUGUCUGCGACAGAGGCUGCGGAGAUGAUCCUCAGGGUCGAUGAGAUCAUAACCUGUGCCCCGCGCAGAAGAGAGGAUAGGAUGUGA